GUUUCACCAAAUCGAGGCGAGUCCGUAGCGGUCUGCCCAAAAACAACACGGACGGUGAUUCUCCAGUCGUCGAAUGUGGUGUAUUCCGGUAAGCCAAAAGGAACUUUGCCAUAUUGGUUUUCAGCUGGGAUGUACUUUGUUUCUCACAUUUCAUAGCAUGUUUGAAACUCUGAACAAAACGUUCCGCUUGACCGUUGGUUGCAGGGUGGUAUGGGGCCGUGGUAAUAUGCUUGAUACCAUUAGUCUUCAAAAAUAGUUGGAACUCUGCGGAUGUAAAUUGUGGCCCAUUGUCGGUCACCACCUGUGCUGGCACUCCAUAUCGGGCAAAAUGGUCUGCGUCGAUGUGGUGGAUGGCAUUAUUUCCACUUCAGGCCACUUCGAGUGUGCAUCUACAAUGAUAAGGAACAUUUGUCCAAGGAACGGUCCAGCAAAGUCUAAAUGGAUUCUCUGCCAAGGUGUGGUUGGCCAUUCCCAGGGGUGUAGUGGUACUUUGCCAGCUUCAUUCUGUUGAAGUUGACAACCAGGGCAGCUCUUGGCUAGGUGCUCAAUGUCCUUAUCAAUUUUGGGCCACCAGAUGUAACUUCGCGCCAGUGACUUCAUUUUAACAAUACCGAGGUGACCUUCGUGGAGCUCGGUUAACACUUGAUUACGCAACUUGGCAGGAAUGACUGCUCUGUGUCCAAGCAUUAGAACACCAACGGUUUAAAACGGUUUAAUCGCUUCAUCUUUUGGAGUGGACCAUCCUUUCAUAACCAACUCAUGGACCUUCACCAAUAGAGGAUCUCUCUGUGUUUCUCGUUUAACCUGUUCUGCUGUGACUGGCAAGGGCUCAAACUGCGUAGCAUAGAAGAGGCCCACUGGAUCUGGCUCUUCUUCUGUUGUCUCACUAUGCAAGGGUAAUCGAGACAGACCAUCCGCAUUUCCGUGUAACUUAGUGUUCUUGUAUCUGAUUGUAUAAUCAAAACCCGCCAAGAACAAAGCGUAGCGUUGUAAUCUAGCAGCAGUGACAACAGGAAGGCUUUUGCUGGGAUGAAAGAUUGAAGUGAGAGGCUCAUGAUCAGUCAGUAAGGUAAAGUUCCUACCGAAAAGGUAAUUGUGGAAUUUCUUGACUCCCCACACUGUAGCUAGUGCUUCUUUAUCUAUCUGUGCGUAGUUGCGCUCCGCCUUCGACAGGGAUCUCGAUGCAAACGCUAUCGGGCGCUCUGUGCCGUCUGUCAUAACAUGGGACAGUACCGCUCCAAUUCCUACAGGUGAAGCAUCACAAGCCAGUUGUAAGGGAAGGUUAGGAUCAUAAUGUGUAAGCACCAGAUCUGAAACAAUCAUUGCUUUAACUUUGCAAAAAGCUUCUUCGCAUUGAUCUGUCCAGUUCCAUUGGUAGUUACUUUCCAGCAUUUGGUUCAAUGGAUGCAGUAUUGUAGCAAGGUUUGGCAGGAAUUUGUGGUAAUAAUUCACCAAUCCCAGGAAGGAGCGUACCUCUGCAACACUCUGGGGGCGAGGGGCAUUCACCAUUGCAGCUGUCUUGUCGGUGGUCUUGUGCAGGCCUUCGCUAUUAAUGUCGUGUCCACAGAACGUGAUCUUUUCUUUGAAGAACUCACACUUCGAUUUAUUGGCCCUUAACCCAUGGUGGUGCAGCCGUCGAAGAACCUCCUCCAGGUUAGCCAUAUGCUCUGCGUCGCUUUUACCCGUCACAAUCAUAUCAUCUAGGAUACAACUAAUACCAGAAGUUCCUUCCAGAAUCUGAUCCAUGGUACGCUGCCAAAUGGCGGGAGCCGAGGUAAUACCAAACACCAAUCAAUUGUAUUGAAACAAGCCCAUGGACGUAUUAAUUGUAAGGUACUUCUUGGAUUCUUCCUCCAACUCAAUCUGAUGGUAAGCUUGGCGGAGGUCAAUCUUGGAAAACUUUUUCCCACCAGCUAAAUGGGCAAAAAUAUCUUCGAUUCGAGGCAGAGGAUACUGUUCUGCUUGUAAUGUUGGGUUAAUAGUACCUUUGAAAUCCCCACAAAUACGGACUGAACCAUCUUGUUUCGGCACUGGUACAAUCGGUGUCGCCCAAUCACUCCACUCUACUUUCGACAAAAUACCUUCGCUCUGAAGUCUCUUCAGUUCGUCCUCCACUUUCGGUCGUAAGGAAUAUGGGACCUGACGAGCUUUGCGAAACUGCGGUUGACUACCUUCUUUGAGGGUUAUCCUUGCUUUGGCAGACUUGAAAGUUCCCAGCUUGUCUUCAAAAACCUCUGCAUACGUAUCCAAUAGGUUUUUCAGCUUCUCUUGUGUAGUCGUGCCAGGGUUUCUAUGGCUGGGAUCUGAGGAUUUCAACAACUUGAUGGUUUUCGAGUCGAGGCGAAGCUUGUGAAGCCAAUCUCGACCCAUUAACACUGGAUCCUUAGUCUGGACUACAUGGAGUGGCAAUAGACAUGAUUGAUCUAAGUAUUCAACUUGCAUGGUAAGGCAACCAACUGGAACGAUCAGUUCACCAGUAUAGGUCUUUAGUACGGUGGUUGUUUUCUCUAACUUCUUGUCGCGAAAUCUUUCCAAGAACAUGUCAUAUGGCAAAAUGGACACGGCCGAUCCUGUGUCUAGUUCCAUGGAUAGUGGUUGAUUUUCAACUUUCACGUCAACCCAUAUGACGUCACUGCUUGAUUUGUUUACAUUAUGAACUUCUAGGUUAUUCAACAAUUGCCCAUACUCAUCUGGUUCGCUCUCAAUGGCAUGGGUCGAUUUCUGGUAUCUUAAUCUGGGCGAGGGUCGACCGGGCCCCUGGGUUUGUUGUGCCCGGCAAGCUCUUUGAAUAUGACCUCUCUUUCCACACUUGUGACAGACUUCUUUCCUAAAUCGACACUCAGUUGCAACAUGGGUAUUAGCUCCACAUCGAUAACACACUACAGGAGAAGGUGGGCCACUAUCUGAUCUAUUCGAGGGUCUGUUCAGUGUCAGUUUGUCAAAACCAAGGUGUUUUUCUUCUCUACACUGGCUGUGGAUCUCUGUAGCAUCUCGAGUGGCUGUUUCCAUAGCAACUGCUAUGUCAACAGCUUUGGUGAAUUUUAAUUUCGACUCUGCAAGGAGACGUUUCUGAAUUUGCUGAUUACUUAAUCCACACACCAAUCUGUCGCGCAAGGUUUCUUCCAAGUUACUUCCAAAAUUGCAAUGUGUGGUUAAUUUCUUUAACUCAGCUAUAUAACUUAAAAUGCUCUCCCCUUCUUGCUGAUUUCUCUUAUAAAAACGAAACCGUUCGGCUAUUUCUAGUGGUUUAGGAUUUAAAUGCUUCUGUAAUGUACUUACUAUUUCAUCAAAGUUCUUGUCUGCAGGCUUUUCUGGCAAAAGUAAAUCCUUUAAUAAUGAAUACGUUUUGCUUCCAAUCAAACUCAGCAGAGUUGGCACUUGAUGAUCGUCGUCGACAUCGUUUGCUGCGAAGUGCGGGAGACGUAUUUAAUUUCGCUAAGGUCACCUUUGUUGGAUUUUAAAUUUUGCAAAGCUUUCUUUAACUCCUUUACAGUAUAUUCUUUAUAUUUAGUAACCAUGUUUUGCCAGGUACCGUUACGUUAUGUCCAAAGUUAUCAGCAAAGUAGUUAUAUAUAACGUCGUUCAAAAGCUCGAUCUUUGAGUUCACGUCUCGCAUUCUGAUUGGAUCAUCUAACUGGAGCGCACAUUUAAAAUAAUCAUUACCGUUUGCCACCCAGAGUCAUUUUUCGGUAAAUUUAUGCCUUGUUUCAGUUCGGGAAAACUUUCGUCAUUAGUCAUAUCAAUGUCGUUAAUAGAAUUGUCAUUUUCAGGGGUAUCUGCAGUGUUAUCCGUCGUUAUUUCAAGAUCAGCAGACAGCUCGUCGUUAAAGCCAUGUAUCACUUGACAACUACGCUGAUGCAUUUUAAGGCCACGCGCACCUCUGCAUAUCUUGCCACAACAACACUUAACAACAGUGCGGCUUGGUACAGGAACAUUAGGUGACUGCAUAACAGGCACAUCUCUCGAUGUAAUAUUAGGGCGGUCUUGCUCAGCGUGAUUAAUCCGUUGUUCACAUCGCCACGAAUGGCGACCAAGCGAGACGAAGUCUUGUCCACAAUACGAACAAGCGACACAAAUCGAUAACAUAGCAAUAAUGCUUGAACGAAUCAUAAUGAAAAUCUUUUUGUGAUGAACAAUAUUAAGAAUUAUUAAGAAAUACUGUGAUUCAAAUACGAAAUCAGCGAUGAAACUAUUGACAUGUACAGAGCACGUAUAAACGUGUCUCUGCUCGAUGUAAUAAUAAUAAUAAUAAUAAUAAUAAUAAUAAUAAUAAUAAUAAUAAUAAUAAUAAUAAUAAUAAUAAUAAUAAUAAUAAACAAACUUAGUAAAAUCCUUAGUAAAAAAACUGCCUGCUAAGAAAGGUACGAAGAUACUUAAUUUUACAACGCUGUCGUCAAACCAGUUAUGAUGUACGGUAGUUCUAUUUGGAGUUGCUGCUCGCGAAAUGAUCUGCUAAUUAGAAUUUUUAAAUACAAGAAAGAGCACCUCGGGUAAUUUUAGGAAAUGACACUUCCUCCAGGUCAAUGGCCAAUUUUAAUAAACUGAACUGGAUAUCAUUUUAUGACGAAGUUAAAAUUAACAAAUGUACCCUUGUUAGUUUACAAGAGCCUGCAUGAUCAAGCUCCGCAGUAUAUUAAGAACUAAAACAAACAAUGAAACAAGUAAAUGGUAGACAAACUCGUCAUGGCGAAUAUAAUUUAGUAAAAUCUUUAAUGGUCAGUGUUGAGAAGCAUAUUAUUAAUGUUUAGUUUUGUUAAUUUAUGACAUAAUUAACUAGUAACGCAGUUUCCGGCCGAGAGAAAAGACUGGGUCGACAGCAUGCUCUCGAGGUCUCUAGGCUCGAACAAGAAAAACUGAUAGAUAAUCAUUCGAAGAUGUACACUUUUAUAGCUUUUUUGGUAAAAUAUAUUGUUCUUUAUUCAUAAUCGGAGAGACUAGUUAACAUUUGGCGAUCCUGCCAGGACGUGGCAACCGAAAGAACCGUUUUUAUAGCAGAUAUUUAGUAUGGCAACCGAAGAAAAUGACGAAAUCGAAGUUGAUAUGAGUGCUGAGAACAAUAUUACCGGUAUCAACAGUGAUAAUGUGGUCGAAAGCGAACAACAAAGUCAGUCUUAUUCAUCGAAACAACAUGCAGAGAUGCUGUUGAAGUUAAGAAGGGAGAAAACAAAAGAACCCGUAAAACGAAGGUAACUAAGCUUAAACAUCAAUUACAAAAAUUAUGCAGUAUAAAGGACGGAAAUGUAGACACUGCUCAAAUCGAAAAUUGCGUAAGUGAAUUGUGGGAAAUUUUAGAGGAAACACAGCUUGUAAUGGACGAAAUGAGUAGCUUGUAUUUACAGAUGAAUGAUAUGAAACUGCACAAAGAAAUUAUGCAAGAAUCAGAUAACUUAGAGCUGGAAAUACAGCAGACUAUAGACAGUGCACAAAAUAUGUUAGUUGCCUCACCCCAAGUAUUAGAAAAAGACAACCCAGUCGACACCGAACCAGUUUUGCUCACAGGGGGGAAAUGAUUUAUCGACCGAAUCGAAUAACAAUUUGCAAACAGAAGUACAAACCCCUAGUUCCCAGGCCCCAAAUCCACCUGGUACCCAGACUACAACCCUUCCUUAUCAGAGCCCUAGUUAUCAGACCCCAAUUCCACCUGGUACCCAGACUACAACCCUUCCAUAUCAGAGCCCUAGUUCCCAAACCCCAAUUCCACCUGGUACCCAGACUACGACCCUUCCAUAUCAGAGCCCUAGUUCCCAAACUUCAAUUCCACCUGGUACCCAGACUACGACCCUUCCAUGUCAGAGCCCUAGUUACCAGACCCCAAUUCCACCUGGUACCCAGACUACGACCCUUCCUUACCCAAUUUCACCCCCAAAUGCAAGGGGGUAAUUCAGCAAUUAAUCGUCACCUUAAAGCUUUGCGCGUUCCUGUUUUUGAUGGUACCAAGGCCAAAUUUGAAGAAUUUUGGAGCUUGUUUCUGAGUUUAGUAGAUGCUUCAAAUGAACCCAUCAAUCUCAAAAUGGCAAGAUUACAGCAAAGUUUAACCGGCCGAGCCCAUGAUGCAAUUCGAGGUUUAGGGGUAUCAGAACCCGAAUACACAGAAGCGAAAGAAAUUCUUAAGACAAAGUUUGGUGGGCAACGUCGGCAACUAAGAGCUUAUAUGGAUGAGUUAGACAGUAUACCAGCACUGCGUUAUAAUGAUGUGGACAAUUUUGAAAGGUUUGCUGAUUUAGUGAGAGUGGCGGUUGUGAAGCUGAAAGCAGAAAACCGACAAGCAGAGCUUGGAGAGGGAACAUUGCACAAUCAACUCGUACGGAAGUUACAUGAUCGACAUUUAGAGUGUUACAGUCGUUGGUUAAACGUUCAUAACAAAGAACCAGCAGUUACUAGUUUGUGUGACUGGUUAAAAGAAGAAGUGGCAAUCAAGAUUGAAGCGAAAGAAAUGGCUCAUGGGUUGGAUGAGAAACUGUUACCUGAGCGACGACUCCCGAGAGGAAAACCUGAUGAAGGUCGCCCAAGGUCAUACUUUACUGGAAAAGAAGUGGACGACCGCUUUCAAAACCGUAUAGAAAAACGAGAAGAGAGAACCAAGCCACCCUGCGUUUUCUGUGGUCAGGGUAACCAUGGGAUAUGGAAUUGCAACCAAUUUAAACAGAAAACAGUCGGAGAACGGUGGAAAGUUGCAAAAGAAAAGUAUCUGUGUUUUCGUUGUUUAUCCAAUGAGCAUCGUGGAAAGGAUUGUAGACGGACUCGCCCAUGUGAUGUUGAUGGAUGUCAGCUCACUCAUCACCGACUACUUCAUGACACCGCCCAAAGCAGGAAACCAGGUCCUGUACUUCCAGACGAGAGGGCGGAUCCUUCACGGGAGGGGGCAGAGAGUUUGACAAAUCUUACUAUGACAUCGAACCGGUCCAAAUUGCAACCAGAGGCAACCUCAUUGAGAACAGUUCCAGUUUGGGUAAAAGCUAAUGGAAAAAAGGUGAAAGUGAAUGCAGUGUUAGAUGAUGCCUCAAAUGAAUCUUUCAUGAAUGAAGAAGUUGCUGGCCUCCUUGGAUUGAGAACUACUUGGCAAACUGUACAAGUACGAGUGUUAAACGAUUCUGUGGAAACCUUCAGGUCAAUGCCGCUGCAGAUCGAUUUAGAGAGUGAUGAUCGCCAGUUCACUAAAACCAUAAAUGUUCAAACCUGUCCUAGAGCAGUUACAGGGAGCUAUCAAGUGGUGGAUUGGAAUCAAUAUCAGUCAAACUGGCCGCAUCUUUCCCAAUGCAAUUUUGCUACGCCAGCUAAAGAUGGGUUUGCUGAUUUACUGAUUGGUGUGGACAACCCUGAUCUGCACUUCUCCAUUGUUGAUUUCCAAGGCCCCUCGGGAGGGCCAGUAGCUCGUCUCGGCCCGCUCGGUUGGACAUGUAUUGGGUCCGCUGCUAAAGAUACCAACAACCAUUCAAGAUCCCAUCUGGCGAGAACACUGCAUACCAAAACGGCAGAUCCGGAGAACAGAUUGACAGAGUGUUGUAACCUUGAUCGUACAAUGCGUAACUUCUGGGAAAUCGAAAGUACUGGUACCGACAAAGUUUGUGCAAAAGUUAUGACCGAAGAUGAGAAAUUAGCCCUUGGAAAGGUCGAGAGCUCGUUGCAAACAGUGGAUGAGAGAUACCAAGUUGGUGUACCUUGGCGAAGUGAUCGACCAGAGUUGCCGAACAACCGUCAGAUGGCACAAUCUCGCCUGGUCUCCACCGAAAGAAAUCUGCGAAAGAAUCCCAUUGUGGCUAGCGAAUAUCAGAAAACCAUUGAGGCUUAUGUACAGAAAGGAUAUCUCCGGAAAGUUGAUCCUGAUAAGAAAGAAGCCCCGGGAUUAUGGUAUCUACCCCAUUUCCCUGUUAUAAGAAUGGAUAAGUCCUCAACUAAAGUCCGAAUUGUAUUUGACUGUUCCGCGAAAUGUGAAGGAAUCUCGCUGAAUGACGUCAUCCACCCCGGUCCGAAGCUGCAGAAAGAUCUUUUUGAUGUCUUGCUACGAUUUAGGCGGAACCCAAUAGCCCUUGUUUGCGACAUCCGGGAGAUGUAUCUUCAAAUAAGCAUUGAUGAGAAGGAUCGUCCAUACUUCCGCAUGUUGUGGAGAAACCUUGACACCGACAGCGAAGCGGAUGAGUAUGAAUUUAGUAGAGUGGUGUUCGGAAAGAACUCGGCACCAAUGGAAGCCCAAUUCGUAGCCCAAGAGAAUGCUCGACGUAAUCAACACCUUUACCCUUUAGCAGCAGAGACUGUUCUGGAAUCCACUUAUAUGGAUGAUUCCAUAGACAGCGUUGAAGACGAACAGUCUGGUAUCAAGUUGUACCAUGAGUUAAGAGAGUUGUGGGCCAAAGCGAAGAUGGAGGCUAGAAAAUGGAUUUCCAAUUCACCAGAAGUCCUUGCAGAAAUCCCGGUAGAAGAUCAAGCGAGCGAAAUUGUCAUUAAUGAUGGUCAGAAUCCAACUACGAAGACCCUAGGAAUUGCCUGGGAUAGCAAGAAUGACGAAUUCCGAAUGUCAACAUGCGAAGCAUCGCGACUGCAACUUACAAAGAGAAAUAUCUUGCGAAAGAUCGCUACAAUCUUCGAUCCCCUUGGCUUCGUUAGCCCCUUCAUAGUUGUUGCUAAGAUCUUGCUCCAAGAACUUUGGGCACGAGGCUACGAGUGGGACGAUGAAAUCAAAGAUGAAAUCGCUCAGAGAAUCGCAAAGUGGUUUGACCAAUUGGAGCAGUUGAGUGUUGUGAAGGUUCCGAGAUGCCUUCGAGCGGCGAAGCCAGUGGUUUCAACGAGAAUUAUCACCUUCGUCGAUGCUUCAAAGGAAGCAUAUGGUUGUGCGGUGUAUAUUCGACACGAGUAUGAGGAUAAUGAAGUGACUUGCCGGUUAAUCACAUCAAAGUCGAAAGUGGCACCACUCACCCCAGUGACAAUACCUAAGUUGGAGCUAAUGGGCGCUGUUCUAGGAUUGCGGGUAACACAGUCCGUAAUUGCUGUAUUACACCUACCAAUGCAAGAUGUCAUCUUCUACUCGGAUAGCAUUGACGUUUUAUGGUGGAUACGUGGUCGUGGCAAAGAUUUUCGUCCUUUCGUGGCAAAUCGGGUCGGGGAGGUACAAAGUGGUUCCGAUCCAUCGCAAUGGCAGCACGUGUCUACAAACGAAAAUCCAGCUGAUUUGUGUACCAGAGGAACAAGCCCGUUGGAACUAGCCAAACAUCCAUUGUGGUGGGAAGGACCAGAGUGGAUAAAAACAUGUGAAGAUCAAUGGCCGAGAAUGAAAUUUGAGAAACGUCCAGCCAAGCUUCCGGAGAGCAGAAUUAGCCCGAGUCAAGGUGAGAACGACCGAGUUGUGUUGGCAACGAAUGCACAAGAGAAGGAAGAUAACAGCCGAAAGUUAGAAGACGAAGAAUGGAGACUUGAUCCAAAGAGAUUUUCAAGUUGGUCGUGGUACAUUAGAGUGCUUGCUCGAGUGAGAAGAGCACUUUACAACAUGCGAAACGGUGAUCAAAGAAGAACGGACUCAGAGCUUACAAUUGAUGAACUCCAAGAAGCGGAAGGAAGCGAUUCGUUUGGCUCAACAAGAAGGUUUUCGUGGUGAUUACGACACCGUCAAGAGUGGCAAACCGGUGCCACAAACCAGUCCGCUUGUCAAGUUAAAUCCUACCAUUGAUGAAGCCGGUUUAAUUCGCUCAGAUGGACGCCUUAAAUUCGCAGAACAGCUACCGUACGACGUACGCCAUCCAGUCAUACUUCCGAGAAGACACUGGAUCACAAGGCUGAUUGUUAAGGAUUAUCACGAGAAAGCUAACCACAACGCCGGAGUGAAUUUCAUCCUAAGUCAAAUUAACGAGAAAUAUUGGAUCAUUGCAGCGAGGGAGGAGAUACGUGAAUGGGAGAAUCAAUGUAACCACUGCAAAAGACGACGCAGCAAGCCAGCUAUCCAAAUAAUGGCACCUUUACCGAAAGUUAGAUUACGUUUCACGUACCGUGCAUUCGAUCAGUGUGGUAUCGACUUCGCUGGGCCGUUCGUUACCAUCCAAGGACGCGGACGUAAGCGACAGAAAAGAUGGUUAUGCGUAUUCACAUGCUUAUCCGUUCGGGCUGUGCACCUAGAAAUGGCGUGGAGCUUGGACACUGAUGCAUUUCUAAAUGCAUUUGCGCGGUUUACCAGUCGGAGAGGCGUCCCGAAGGAAGUCGUCACCGACAAUGGCACCAAUUUUGUCGGCGCUGUGAACGAGUUAAAGGAGCUAAUGAGUCAACUGGAUCAGGAACGGAUCAAACGGAAAACGUCAGCGCAAGGAGUGAGAUGGUUAUUCAACCCACCAGCUGGUCCACACUUUGGUGGGGCACACGAGAUCCUAGUGAAAGCUGCCAAGAAGGCGAUUUAUUCAGUGUUGGGCAGUAGCGACGUCAACGACGAAGAGUUAAUUACCAUCUUUACUGAGGCUGAAGGAUUGUUGAAUUCAAGACCGUUGUCAUACCAAUCUGCGGACGUACGCGACAUAAUUCCUUUGACCCCAAACCAUUUUUUGCUUGGUCAAAUGGGCGGACAGUUCGCGCCAGAAUCAGAGCUUAGUAAAGAAUGUCAUCCUCGACAGCGCUGGAGAAAGGUACAGCAUUUGGUUUCUUUGGUGUGGCGGAGAUGGCUCAAGGAAUGUUUACCAUUGUUGACGGUAAGACCGAAGUGGUCGGAAAUAGUCAAAGAUUUAAAUGUGGGUGAUGUGGUCUUGGUCAUGCAACAAGGUUUAUCGCGGGGAGAUUGGCCGCUAGGACGGAUCAUUGAUGUUUAUCCCGGGAAGGACGGACAUACAAGAGUCACGAAAGUACAAUGUGGCCAAAAGACAUAUAUUAGGCCCAUACACAAACUAAUUCCGUUGGACGUGUAAUAUCGGACAGUUAAUAUUUUGACAUUUAAUUAAAGUUGGACAUUGUUUGUUCACACUGUUGUAUUAGACUUCAGUGUGGAGAGGGGGAAUGUUGAGAAGCAUAUUAUUAAUGUUUAGUUUUGUUAAUUUAUGACAUAAUUAACUAGUAACGCAGUUUCCGGCCGAGAGAAAAGACUGGGUCGAGAGCAUGCUCUCGAGGUCUCUAGGCUCGAGAGCAUGCUCUCGAGGUCUCUAGGCUCGAACAAGAAAAACUGAUAGAUAAUCAUUUCGAAGAUGUACACUUUUAUAGCUUUUUUGGUAAAAUAUAUUGUUCUUUAUUCAUAAUCGGAGAGACUAGUUAACAUGCUUUAAAAAAAAUUAAACCAGUUUAAACAAUUUGUUUGUUAUCCUAAAGCAAUGGCAACAUCAAAAAUUUAUAGUAAAAGGCCUGCUUUGGGUGAAAAUUAUCGAUAUUUUUUUAGGUUAUUUUCAGACGAUCCUGGCAAAAAUUAUGUGGACACUUAGCUUUUCUAACGCCAAGUCGCCAAUAUUAACAUUGAGACAUUCUUUCAUGAAAUUUGUCACCCCCUUACCCCUAUUCAAUGCUGUGUUUCUCGCAUUUAAAUUUUAAAAGUUUCAUUUUACCAACAUUGAAUUGGGGGUAAGAGGGGGAGAAAUUUUCUGGGGAUUAAUUCUGUAGAAACACAUCUAUUUUUGUUUGAUGCACCCAGUGUCCACAAUAAUUUUUGCCAGGAUUGUAUGUUCAAGAACUUGUUAGACAUUUUCAUGGAUGUAAGUUCAAAAUCAACAAGAUCUUUCAAGUUAAUCAAUCCAUCUUUUCCAAAGAUGAAAGAAGUUAUCUCAUUUUUUAACUGAUCAGCUACUCCUACUUUAUGUUGCAGAUACCUUCUGACAUUUUGCUCUAGGUGGUGUUGACACAGAAGCAGAGUGGCAUUCGGCAAACUUUGUUGCACUGCUUUCAUGAUGGCCUUUCCUCGUCUCAGCCAAUAAUUUCUUUUGGCAUAUACGCACAAAAGUUGACGCCAAUUUUAACACAGACUAACCUCUGUGUUGAAAUUGGCGUCAACUUUUGUGUGUAUAUGCCAAAAGAAACAUUGAUAAGUUUGACAUAUACCAUCCCAGUACAGGAACAAAGGACCCAGCAUUAUUGGUGAUAACGUGGUAAGUAACUAUUUAAAAAAACAAUCAGAGUUACAAAAAACGCUGCUCCAAAUUAAAAGUAUGAUCCACUCCAAGUAUGGAAGUGUUCUUAGAAGUGAAAGAAAACUUCUUGAUAUCCUAAUUGGUCGUCAGUCGUCUGUGUAUGAAAUAACCAUCGGUGGAUUCCCCUUUGUGUGACGUUUCUGAAGAACAACAUAUAGAUGUAAAAACAAAUGUAACCAAAAAACAUAAUGCCAUUUACAUGUUUACUUGUAAAAAUUGCCAAACAAGUACAUUGGACAAACGUCUAAGAAAAUUCAGAUAAGAUUAACUGAAGAUCAAAACACCAUUAACAGACAUGACCAUAAUUCGCUCCCAGUCAAGCACGCAGACGAUAACAGACACAAAUUUGACUGGUCUGAAAUAAGAUGCCUAGGACAAGCAACUAUGAAACAUGCCUGUGAGUUUAAGGAAGCGUGGCAUAGUAUAGAUAAACUAAAAUUUAACCGUUGUAUUGACAUUCCUGUAGUAUACUUACAACUGAAACACUUACACAAAAAUCCUGUUUCGUCUUUAUUAACCUUUAACCCACCCACAACUUCCUUCUGAAUAUCAACUUAUGAUGAUUGUAAUCACCCACACUCCAUGGCAACCAAUAACAAUCCAUCAACUGAAAUCUGUCAACCAAUCAGACGUUCCCAAAGGCUUCAAGAACGAGGAACAGCACAAAAAUUACAACUUUUUCAUGGAGGCUCAAAGUACCGAGUUGAAAGCUCAAAACAUUUUAAUUACAAUCCAGAGAACAACAAAAGUACUCCUCCUUCAUUCAGUAUAACUUAAAAAUUAAAAGAGCCAUUACACUUAAACAAAAAGCAUUAAGUUCAGUAAUGUCUAACUCAAAUUUUGGUAUAUGCCAUGUGUAUUUUAACAUAGUUUUGACCGAUAAUGUGAUUUCUGUGUCACACUCUGUGAGUGAGCUUUUAGAAUACAGGCAUUGGUCUUUUGUAAUACUAGCUAACUACCCUUACCAAAGCAAAAGUAUGGGAAAGAUAUGGCAAAGUUUGGGCCAUAUAUGACCCAUAUGUGGGCAUGAUAUGGGACAGUAUAGAUAUCAUGUGGGAUUGGUAUGGUGUCUAAAUUUGUUAAAUAUUGAGAUAUGGAAAAGCUAUGGAAACAAACACAUUGCUAUUAAUGCUAUGGGAAAUCUGUGGGGUUACUUGUCCAUAGGUAAUCCAUAUCAAUGGCAUGCUUUUACAUAUAACCAAUUCUAUGGGAAUUAUAUGGUAGUCCACACUUGGUUGUCCCAUUUACUUGCCAUACCUAUGUAGGCCGUAGGAUGAGCAUCCAAAAGAUGCUUAGAAGACGGAUUCCAUUGCACCCCUCGUGGAACUACGUAAUUUUCACAUGAAUAAAUAAAAACUUACUUUAUCAGAAUCUGUUGCUCCCCAAGGCGAAACAGGUGCACAAUUGGGAGAAAAAUCCCUCCAAAGUUUGAUAUUUUCGCGCUUCGAAAUAUCCGAACCGCCAUUGUUUUGAUAGCAAAUACGCAUGCGCAACUCAGCCAAACUCGCACUGCGCACAACCAACGCACAUGCUUCGAAGUGGAAACACGCUCAGUUAUGCAAAUAAACAUGGCUGAAGAUAUUUAUAAAACUCAAACAUCCUCAUGUUUUAUGCAUUUUGAUGGCGUUACGGAGCAACUUUGCAAAGUUACACGCCAAAGGCUUAAGAAAUUUCUUGAGUGUAGGUCAAAAUGGGCCAAACUUAAAUGUCAACAAGCUGAAAUAGCUAAGAAAUCGUACGAGAACAUCGAUGACGGAUCUGUCAAUUCAUACAUCGAGAAGAACUCUGACACCAUUAACUUAGAAUGGAACCAUCAUAUGAAAUGCUAGAAGAGAUUUUGUGAUGAACCGAAGAUCCGUAGAUAACAGAGAAAAGAAAAAGGAGAAGGAACUAGCUCUAAAACUAUAACUUCUACCGAAGAAUCACACGUGGAAGUGGAGGCAAUAGAACCAAGGCGAAAAAUUACACGUCAAUCAGUCGCAGAAGCUAUAAAUAUGAAGGCCCUGCCUAAAAGAAACGCGCAUGUACUCCCAGAGAUAUGUAUUAUUUGUGGAAGAGGUUCUCGUGGUUCUCACUAGACAAGGUAUGGUCAUUUUGAUAGGUAUAAUACUAGCGCAAUGUGCACAACAUUCUCAGGUUUGGUUUUAAAACAUAUGGGUAAAGUAGUUUCUAUGCUACAAACAUCCAACCUUGUUAUUAGCAGAUAUUUAGUUUAAUAAUUUAUUUUGUUUCACACCAGGUAACUAAGAAGAGAAGAAGAACCCCACUCAUGUUGGCAAAAACAAUUGAUGCUGGUCUUCUACGUACAGCUGCCGAGAGAAAGAAUGAUCAACAGAUACUCGUGCAAAUCCAGGGGAAAGACUGUGUAGCUCUGGAAAUCCGCUAUCACAAAGUUUGCUACUGCAAUUAUACAAUAUUUCUCACCAGAGAGACGAAGAAACAACGAGAGCAUCAGUGUACGAGAAGUCUUAUGAUGUAUUCUGUAAGAAAGUAAUUGAGAUGGAGGUCAUCGGAAAUAAGCAAAUAAAGUAUAUGAAAGAUUUGCUGGAGAAAUUUGUUAUCAUUGCUAAGGACACUGAGAAUGUGGAUGCAUCUAAAUAUAGAGCUUUUAAACUCAAGCAACGACUGAUGAAAAGUUAUCCCCAACUUGUGUUCUGUGUACCGAAAAUGAGAAAUGUUAGUGAGAUUGUAUAUGUGGAAAAUUUGGAUUCUUCUGAAUUGGUUGAGGAACAUAUGUCAAUUAAUGGCCUGUUUAUAUGGAAGCCGGGAUGGCCUGCUUAGCAAGACAGCCCGGUAAGCGGGAUGAAUUUCUCUUGUGUUUAUAUGAGAAACUUUCAUCCCGCUUGCCAGGACAAUUUUGUUACAUUGUAUUGUUUUGACAGUUGUUAAAAAUAGCUUGCGGCGGUAUCUUUGAACUUUCAUCUUGGCAACCAGGAUAGCCUGCUUGUAAAUGUUUAUAUGGAGAAAUUUCCAUCCCGGUAAGCGAGAUCUAGCCUCUUUCAAACGAGAUCUCAGCAACCCGGGCCAGCCUGCUUGUCCAUAUAAACGCAUGAUAAUUUUUACUAUAAAAAUAACUACACAGCGAGAUCUUGCUUACCAGGCUGUCUUGCUUAUCAGACCAGCCCGGCUUCCAUAUAAACAGGCCCUAAGUCUGAAAACAAUGAUGAGGACUUUGAUGAAGAGAGCUGUACCAUUGAUGAUGAUGAUGUGAAUUCCAACACAGAACCGAGGGAAAUUCUAAAGUAAAUGAGUUACAAAUUCUAUACAAUGCUGUAUUGAUUCUUCACCAAAAGGUGCAAGAAAUACUAAAACUGAAUCUUCCUUGGCCACCAUUGGCAUCUGAUUUGACAAUGGAUAAUAUUUCAAAUCCGACUAUGAGGACUGGACUAGAUUUCAAGUCCACGCAAUUUGAUCACGUCCGAGGCGAAGCAGAGGACUGGAUCAAAAUGUGAGGACUUGAAAUCUAGUCCAGUCCGAAUUGGAGGAUUUGAAAUGACAUCUCAUACGAAUAAAUCACUACUUAAUUAAUUUUAAUCCAGUCCUAGGACACUACAGGAUCAAUAUACUUCAUAACACUACAGGAUCAAUAUACUUCAUAAAGUAUCUAGUAUUAUCAUGUGAGCAAAAUAAAGCAAUAUGGUUGGCUAAUUUGCUCAUGAAUUAUUAAUGAUUUGAGGUGAACAAUGAUGGUAAUGCAUGUAGGUAUUAUCAGUGGAGUAGAUCAGUAUUUAUUUACUUAUUCGAUAUUCUUAUUAGGAUCCACA